CUUAUUGUUUACUUUUGUUAUUUUUGCUGAACUUUUUGUUCAAAAUUAAACUAAGUGUACAAUGACUUGUGAUUCCACCGAGGCCCUCGUAGCCCACAUGUGCGAACUGGUGCAGUUUUACAUGCUGCCGGAACUGAAGGAGGAUCUGGACAACAUCCAGUUGGAAGCGUCGCAAUUUGCGAGCUAUCAUUCCCUGCUUAUUCAGGACUUGCCCAAGCUCUACGAUUUGGUUCAGGAAUUCCUUCAAAAGAGUGGUGAUGCAGGACACGAAGAGUUGAGAGUAAAACUUAUUUUGCUGCUAUGCGAGUUAACUGCAGCUCCCACAGUUUACCAACUUAAGAAUGAUACCGAAAAUCUCUUACGGAACGCCAAUGAGUUGGCCAAGAAGCUAUCUUCUAACUGGUGGGAGUCUACGAAUGUCCAAAUCCUGAAAUACUACGAGCAAAAACUUCACAGGACCUGCUGGAAGAAACAACUAGGAGCAGUUCAUGGCUUUGGUAGAUACUUGGAGCUGCGUUACAGCAAUAAGUCCAGAAUGACCACCCAGAUGCUAGCAUUCGCUCUUUCUGUUGGUCUCAAUGUGAGGGAAUGCUAUGAUUCCAUUUACAAAGAACUUGGCGUCAAGAUCUUCUCCGUUAUGCUGAAAUUUAGCGAUACCAAAGACAUUCAGGAGCUGAAUGUACACAGUGUGAUAUACGACCAUGCUCUCAAGGAUGCCUACAACAUGGAGUCAAUUGAAGCCAUCGAUUCUGUUUGGAAUUGCUUGUACCUAUGCUUGGACCACUUUGUGGACCUUGAUGCCUUUACGUGGAACCAAUGCGACGACAUGCUGGACCGCCUUAUCCAAAACGUGACCAUGGCUUCUAGCCCGAAAAUCUCCAUUUGCCUGCUGCAAUUCAUCACACGACUGGGUUAUUAUUUCACCAUUAAUCGCAGUGACGUCGAAGCUGCACUGUCCGCAGAUCUUAGUCAACCCGACAAGUUGGCUGCUUGUCGGGAAGAAUGUCUUGCUCUGAACGCUAGCACUAGCUAUCGUUGGGCUAAGGCCAUCCUCCAAAUGCUCGUCCUGGAAUCGGAUAAGCUGCUUCAAGGAGUCGAAGUAUGUACGGAACUACUGCAGCAAAUGUUGAGAUGUUAUCUGGUGUGCAUUUUGCCUAUUCCUCUGCAAGCUUUGCAGCCCCAUCUGCCAGAAUUUUAUGGAAAGUUUGUGGCUGUGCUUAUGGAAUGCCUGGUGACCCAUAAGCAUGCACCAUCCGUUCUUAAGCUUGUUCAGCGCUUCACGGAAAUCUUUAGCUUUCAACUGGAAAACCAAUCGAUCCAAAAGAUAACUGCAAGUUUAGUAGAAUUCACAGAGGCUCUGACAAUUAUACAGCGGAAGAUUUCUGAAUAAAUUGCGGGACUUUA